AGAUUUUAUGAAUUAACUACCGGUAUUUGACGGAUUAGUAAUCUAUCAAAAUCACAAUUGGCGGCUCUUUUGAAGUUGCUUAUUGGCUUGAUAUCUUUUAUAUCCAACCAAAAGCCAUUUAUCACACAUAUGUAAGAAUAAUGGCUUCCUUAAAGAAAGUUAUUCAGAAUAGAUGGCCAGCUAAGAGACUUAUUUCAGGGGACGGGAAAGAAAACUACGGUUAUAUAGGAACACCAGCAUCAAAGCAGGUUAAACAGAACAGCAUGCAGGGAGAAACCAAAAUCAAGAGUGAUGUUGAUGCAGGUGGACACUUUUUAAGAAGACAAACCAGUCUUACUCAAUCUGUCAGGGAUGUGGUGGGCACCUUUAAACAGAAAUUGAAGAAGUCCAUGCGACAAAGAAAGCGCCUUCAGCACGGCCUGAGCUCACCAGUCACACCUGGCAGUAUGAAGGCAAAAUCAAGACGUACUCCAACACAUAGGGGAGGUUACAGAGAAGUUCGUAUGUAUUCACCAUUCAGCAUUGAUACAUUCAAACCUUCACCAGCAGGUUUCAGACAAGGACGCAGAAAUAAAUGGUUUGACAUUGAAACUCCAACACGUCUCCGCAAGGAAGUGGAAGAUUUGACAGCCAACAUGCAGGCCCUGAUCAACCUGACGCCCAACACCCUAAAGUCUAGAGCAUCAAGGAGGUCUCUUCACCUGGCUGCUACUCCAUCCACACCCAAGACCCAGAGCUCUUAGACAUGCACAGUAGUGUUCACAUAAAGCCACAUUGGAUCCAGAAGAAGGGGAAUGUAGGCUGUUUUACUUUAGCGAUGCUUGAUUGCCAAUUUGGUUUUGUAUUUGAUGGGUUUUGUGAAGUGUUCACUUAUGUACAGCUAGCAUAUGUAAGAGGCUUCUUCCACGUCCUUUUUAUUAUGUUGUUACUUUAAAAAAGUGAUAAAUUAUGACUUUUUUGUGUACGUGCUGAAAAACAUGUUGAAUUUCUUUCCUUUCCAUGUUAUAUGCAUGACUGCAAACAUGAAGACUUGAUAUGUGACAAAUAUUUAUAAUUUUGCAAUAUUAUUGUCUAUUAGCAUAUUAUUAUGUUAAAGAUGAUUUCUGAAAUAUGUAUUCCUUGUUUUGUCAGUGUACAUGUUUUACCAGUUUUAUUUUACAAUAAAAGUAUGUAAGUGUGAUCAAAGUUUUAAUUUUAAAAGGAGAUAAUGAAUAUUUUCCGCAUACAUGCAUGUGCAGGCGUCUGUCCAAUGAACACUGCACUGUUAGUUCAUACUUUAUCUGGCAAUUCAAUUGUGAUACCCACAGAGGAUCACAAUUUUACAAUGUCUGCCACCACAGCUGCCCAUAGCUGAAAUAUCAAGGUCUCACUUUGCAGUAGAUCAAAAAGUGUCAUGAUGCACAUUUUUGUUACCUAAUUUCAGACCCUUUUCCAUAAAGUUGCUGUUAAACUUUUCAUAGUGUUUAGAUCAAUAAUAUUGAUGUAAAUAGCAUAGAUGUACAGCAUUAUAAUUGUAAAUAUAUGUGUUGUAAAUAUUUGUAUUUAGUGCUUUUUAGUGCUGCAACAAUACGCCAAAAAGCGUAUUGCAAUAUAUUGUCAGCUCAAAAACCUGUAUUGCAAUAUAUCGCAAUAUAUUGCUUACUUGUACCAGAAUUAUAACUCGCCAAUUACCCGAUAAUCCCGUAUAUUCCAGUUUUAAAGCAAAUUCUGGUAAAUGUUUACUAUAAAAAUGCUCAAGAAUAACACAAAACACAAACAUUCACCAAUUUUCUUAAAUAUCAAAUACAUUUUGGCACUUGUUUCUUUUUAAAGAUGUGAUGAAAUAACUCCCAAUCGGGCGUUUUUUUCCCCACUGAACAGGCGUAAAUCGCCUGACGUGAUGUUCCCGUUUUAUACAACACAAAUACACCCACACUUUGCACGCGACGUUCUACAUGUCUGUAUAAUUUUACCGCUCUUUUUAUUGAGAAAAAGAAUAAAGCACUUUUUUAUUGUCGCGUUAGAAUAACAUUUCGGAAGCAUGUUUCCAAAAUUCGGAUUACAAAUUUAAUAAUGCUCAUUUCAGAAUCGAACGAAACAUUUAGUUGUGCGUAAUUAAUUCAACGAUAAUUCGUUUAAAAGCAUAGAAUGAAUGCUCCCAUGUAACAACGCUACUCUGUAUAAUAGACUUUUUAGAAUGCCAUUUUUACGUAACAAUUUAUUUUUACAAAAUACCGCUUUGUUUUGUUUACCUUGAUAUCAUUAUUUUGGAUGGCUUUUCUGAACGAAAUGUAGAUGCAUGUUUGUAAAAUUUUCGUACCGGUAUGACGAAAAUCGUAUCGCAAUACAAUAUGCGGAUAGCAUAUUGCGAUAUAUACCGAUAUUCCGGUAUAUUGUUGCAGCACUAGUGCUUUUAUUGUUAUUCAGUAAUAAGUGUUUUAAUUAAUAUUCAGUAUAAGUGUAUUGUAAAAUUAGUCAUAUUCUAGUCCCGUAUAGCAUUAAUUGCUCACUCAGUAUUCUUAGCUUGACUCUUCACCGAAUAUUCUGAGGUAUACUGCUCUCCCAUUUGUUGAUGUCUGCAAAAUGCUCUGGGUAAGGUUUAAUGUGCAACAGCUCCCAAGGACUGUUUCCACAACAGGUAUUCAACCACAAUGAAACAUGUUUUGUGGAGGGCGUUUUAAGGGCUGACUAUACAACAGUAGCCAUUAUUCCGUCAUGUUCCAGAUCGCAAUUUGUUUUCCCCCAACCCUUUUCCUUAAUUCAAAAUUUUUUGUAAGACUUUUACGUAAUUUAAAAUAGCUUGCAAAGUGUAAAAAUAAAGUGAUUGAAAGUUUUAAUAUCCAUUCUUCUGUUUGAAGUAACUUGUUAAUACUUUUUCACAAAUUAUAGAUUAAAAAAAUUUAUGUUUCAUAUUUAUAGUACGUAACGAUAACAUUCAAAAUUCCACUGGUAUAUUUCAUCGUCCCUAAAUUAUGAGCAAAAGCCCUAUUAAAAUCAUCUUGUGGAUUAAAGAUUUAUUAAAUUAGAAUCAAGUAAAUGGUAAAAAGAACAAGUUUUUGGGGCGAUUUGUACAGUCAUAAUAUCAGGUUAUAGACAGAACAUGUACUUUGCACUAUCAAAGCUGCAGAAGGGUGGAGCUAGCUGUUGUGGGGCAGCUCUUGUUUGUUGUUAUCUUGUAAAAUAUAAUUUGUAGAAAGUUCACAGCUUUUUGUUGUUUUUUCCUCAUUUGUUACCAAAUACAUGACUCAAUCUUCACUUAAAUGUUUAUUUUACUCAAUGUUUAUACAUGUUUUAUUUUUUUAAAUGUUUUAUUUCAUAAGUUAAAAUAAGAUUAUUUUUUUCAUGUUUUAUUGCCACAUACAAUAUUUAGUGAUGUUUACUUUUACUCAAAUGUUCAUCUCAUGUUAAACCAUAUACUUAUACAUACGGUAGAACGUGACUUUGAAAUAGGACAUUCAACUUGGAAAAGAUAUGAUUAGACUUUUUUUUACAUCAAAAGUGUUCAUUUCAUGAUUUGAAUAUUAUUUUUUUAUAAUAUUCUUUGUAUACUUUUACAAUAAUUUGCACUUUCCAUUACUUUUUCAUAAAAAAGUGAUUGUCUUUAGUUAUGUUAACAAUUUAAAACAGUAUUUAUGAUCACAUGUACACAGUUUUAUAUGUUGAGGAUUUUUGAAUUGAAUUUAAUAAGACAUUCAAUUUUGUAGUAAAUUUUAUUUAUACAACUAAUAUGAAAUGUUUAUUGUCCCCUACCAGUUUCACAGGAGGGGACUUAUGGUCUGCGCUCUGUGUGUCUGUCAGUUUGUGAGUCUGUCACACUGUUUUGGAUCCUGCGAUAACUUUAAAAGUUCCUAAUAUUUUUUCAUGAAACUUGAAACAUGGAUAGCAAUAUGGACAGUAUGCACAUCAUUUCAUUGUGUUCCUACGUCAAAAAUUCUGGUUGCUAUAGCAACAAAUAGAUUAGAAAUACUGUUGAAAAUGGUGGUUUUCUGGAUCCUGCGAUAACUAAAAGUUCUUCAGUUUUGUUCAUGAAACUUGAAAUAUGGAUAGAUGGCAAUAUGGAGAUUAUGCACGUCAUUUCAUUUUGUUCCUAUGUCAAAAAUUCUGGUUGCUAUGGCAACAAUUUUUUUUUAAUCUGACAAUGCUGGAUUUCUGACAAUGUUGGAGCCGGUAGGGGACAUAUAUUGCUUGGCAAUAUUCUUUUUCAAUUUGUGGUUUGUUAACAUCAAUAAAUACAGUAAAACUGGAUCAAUGGAAUUAUUUAAACCAAACAGUUUGUUCGAAGAAUGGUGUCUUAUUCAAAAUUCACACAAUUGUGUGUUUACUGAAGAUUACAAUAGACAAGCAUUUCACUUUGGUGUAUCUUAACACUUUAAAUAAAUUUGUGUACAUGUUCUUCUUUUAUAUUCAAAUUUAUGAUAUGAGCCGCGUUCUGAUAAAACUCGGCUUAAUGCAUGUGCGUGAAAUGCUGUCCCAGAUUAACCUGUGCAGUCCGCACAGGCUUAUCAGGGACGACACUUUCUGCUUUAAUGGUAUUUUUUAUUUCCAAGAAGUCCCUCCUUACCAAAAAUCAAGUUUAGGCGGAAAGUGUUGACCCUGAUAAGCCUUUGCAGACUGCACAGGUUAAUCUGGGAUUAUGCAUAACGCACAUGCAUUAAGCCCAGUUUUCUCAGAACAAGGCUACUAUGAUGUAUUUUACUCAAAUGUACUUGGUUUGAUAUAUCUGGGUAAACACAAUGACUGUAUGCUGGAAUCUUUCAUAAUAAAUACAUUCAUUGUAAAUUUUAGGUAAAACAAUGUAAUUGUCUUCUCGGAGGUCAUAUCUGUAAUAACUUUAGUUAUAACUGCAGACACUGACUUGGUAAUUAAUCUAUGAACAGCUGCACUUUAUAAUCAUCCCUUGUUUUGUGUCCUUUUCUUAUUGAGAUUAAUAUUUAUUAUUUAUUCAUUUAAAUUUAAUUAAUUAUUCUUCUAAUUUUUAGCUCGGCUGUUUUAGGAGAAAACCCAAGGUAUUGUCAUAGCCAGCUCGUCGUGCCAUUCGCCAUCCGUGUCGUGCUAAAACCUUUACAUUGGCUCUAAAAUCAAAGUGCUUCCACCUACCACUUUGAAACUUCAUAUGUAGAUGCACCUUGAUGGGUUCUACACGCCACACCCAUUUUGGGGUCACUAGGUCAAGGUCACUGUGACCUCAUUAAAAAAAAAAAUCAAUAAAUAAAUUCUAACAAGCUUUCAUUAUACCCCCAUUAAACGAAGUUUAGGGGGGUGUAUAGGAGUGAGCUUGUUGGUUGGUCCGUGUCCGCUCUCUAAUUCAAGUAGUUUUAACCCAAUCUUCACCAAACUUGGUCAGAAGUUGUAUCUACAUGAUGUCUAGGCCAAGUUCGAACAUGGUCCUUGCCGGAUCAAAAACUAGGUCACGGGGUCACUUAGUGCGCUUUAAACAUUCAGCAUGUUGUCCGCUCUUUAAUUCAAGUAGUUUUCAUCAGAGCUUCACCAAACUUGGUCAGAAGUCAGAAGUUGUAUCUAGAUGAUGUCUAGGCCAAGUUCGAACAUGGGUCAUGGCAGUUCAAAAACUAGGUCACGGGGGUCACUAAGUGCGUUUUAAACAUUGAGCAUGGUGUCCACUCUCUAAUUCAAGUAGUUUUCAUCCGAUCUUCAACAAACUUGUUCAGAAGUUGUAUCUAGAUGAUGUCUAGGUCAAGUAUGAAUAUGGGUCAUGCCGGGUCAAAAACUAGGUCACUGGGUCACUUAGUACUUUUUACACAUUUAGCAUGGUGUCUUCUCUCUAAUUUAAGUAGGUUUCAUCCGAUCUUCACCACAUUUGGUCAGAAGUUGUAUCUUAAUGAUGUAUAGGUCAAGUUCGAACAUGGGCCAUGCAGGGUCAAAAACUAGGUCACAGGGUCACUGCAUUUUAAACAUUAGACAUGGUGUCCGCUGUUUUUUGUGAAGACAACAUGCAAAAUAUUCUGUGUCAAUGUAGCAUGUGGGGGUAUUCGUCACGUCUGUGACAAAGCUCUAGUUUAUUCAAAACUGCAGGGGCAGCCGAGCGUUGGCACCCGUUAUGUGGUGCUCUUGUUGUACCCAAUGUGUAUGUAUUAUAUAAGCAUCAUCAUGAUGAUUCUAAUAAACAUAAAUGGAACAAAACUAUUGGUAUGCAGCAUUAUAUUAAUAUUAGUGUAUUGAUUUUUACAUGAACCUUUUCAACUUUUAAGUACAAGAAAAGUGUGAAAGUUUUACGUGUACAACAAUUUCAUUACAAAAUUAAUAGGAAAUAUGUUUUCAAUGUGGUUUUAUUUCAUAUUUAAAGGUGAAAGCAGCAGUAUUUGUUCAAAAAGUUAUAUCUCAGACUUGCUGCUCAUGCUUGAAUGUGUAAUCACUAUGAAUUAGAAUCUCAAAUAAACAGCUUUUGAUAUUA